AUGUAUAGACUCCUUGCUCGGCAAAGUUCAAUUAGGAUACUGUUGUUAUUAAAAACAACUAGUAUACGUUACUAUGGCUCCAAUACCAAUAAUAAGUCAUUUUUUAAAAGUGCAGCAAAAGGAUUCAAUAUCUUUAGAAAUAUAGAGCUGCAAGAAUUCCAAGAAGAAUACCAAAAGACAGCCAAGACGGAACCUUUGACGGAUCAAUUAAUGAAGGCAAUAGGAAAUAAGAAGGAACCACUCUAUUUGCUUGCUCUUUUCCAUUCAGAAUGUAAGAAAAUGGGGAUAGUUCCUGACGCGCCAGAGCUAAGAAAUGUACCAAGUUGGAAAUUUGCAUUUAAUUACGUAUUUAAAUUGAAUCCGAUCCAUCGAACAUUUUGGGAAAUAAGUCGAAGAUUAGACGUGUCUCAUAUCCAUCAUACUUUAUAUUAUGAUGUGCACAAUCUAGGAAUCUUAGAUCCAAGAAAUUUCCCCGCCGAAUUGUACAAUGAGUUACAAACAGGGAUAUACAACGGACUUGAUUUUCGUAAUGUCCAAUUGAGUGUGAAUAUUCAUCCACAGUGGACUGAAAAGAAAAAUACAUGA